AUGACCCGAAAACAAUUUAAAUUUGUGGUUGUUGGAGAUGGCGCUUGCGGUAAAACGAGUCUAAUUAUUGCUCAAGGUGGAGGUGAAUUUAACGAGCAGUAUACACCCACAGCAUUUGAUGACUACGCUAUCGAAGCAUUUAUUAACGGCAAAACGGUACAAAAAGUGCUGACAGUGUGUGAUACCGCAGGUGAGGAUGAUUACAAUAGACUAAGACCGUUAAGUUAUCCAGAUGCUGAUGUAUUUAUUGUAUGCUACUCGGUUGAAAGACCUCAGUCCUUGAAAAGCGUUCAGGAGAAAUGGAUACCUGAGAUUCGACGGUUUUGUCCUGAUGUUCCAAUAUUAGUUGUUGGUAACAAAAAGGAUAUUCGUAACGAACAAGAACAACGUCGUAGGAAGACAAGUAAUGCUACUACUAACUGUGAAAAUCAAAGGCAAUUGGUGAAUUUUGAUGACGCGGUCGCAUGUGCCAAGCAGUUUUCAUCCCACAAAGUUAUUGAGUGCUCUGCAAAGACAAAAGAGGGCGUUCGUAAUGUAUUCGAUACUGCAAUACGGAUUGCAAUUGCACAUCGAGCAGGAAGUAGUAGUCGAGUUUUAAAUUCAAUAAUGAAAUUAAAACUUGUUUUUUGA